UGAGCACAAGGCUUCUGCUGAGUUGCAGGCCAGUGGAUUAAGCAGUGGGCUUAAAGAGCCUCAUGUUGCCUUGUACCGCCCUUCUUUGUCCACUUUCAUUCUCCACUGCUGCACCUGCAAGAAAAACACCAACCGACAACAAUGAGCCAGAAGGUGGUACUCAUCACAGGCUGCUCCUCCGGGAUCGGCCUCGCUCUGGCUACUCGCAUCGCUAAAGAUGAGAAGAAGAGGUUCAUGGUCUACGCCACCAUGAGGAACCUUAGCAAGGCUGAGCCGCUGGUCGAGGCGGCAGGUCGGACGCUGGGCAGGACCCUGGAGAUCAAGCAGCUGGAUGUGUGUGAUGAGGACUCCAUCAAAGCCUGCGUGGACAGCCUUCCUGAGCGCACGGUGGACAUUCUCAUAAGUAAUGCAGGGAUGGGCCUGAUUGGACCCAUUGAAUGCCAGUCUCUUGAUGAGAUGAAGACUGUGAUGGACACUAACUUCUUCGGGCUUGUGCGAUUACUGAAAGAAGUCCUUCCUGACAUGAAGAAGAGAAAGAAGGGCCAUAUUGUGGUCAUCAGCAGUGUCAUGGGCAUUCAAGGAAUCUUAUUCAACGACGUCUAUGCAGCUUCCAAGUUUGCAGUGGAAGGAUUUUGUGAAAGCUUAGCAGUCCAGGCCUUGAGGUUUAAUCUGAACAUCAGCCUCAUAGAGCCGGGUCCAGUGAUAACGGAGUUCGAGCGCAAGGUUUAUGACGAGGGGUUGAAGACUGAUCUCAGCAAAGCUGACAAAGUGACUGCUGACAUGUUCACGAACAUCUACCUGAAGAACUACAAACAGAUCUUUGAAACCCUUGGGCAGACUGCUGAGGAUGUAGCAGAGCAUACCCACAAGAUCAUCACCAUGGAGAAUCCCCCUUUCCGUCAUCAGACAAACACGCUUUACACCCCGAUGACCACACUCAAGUAUGCUGACCCCAAUGGGGACCUUCCUAUUGACACAUUUUACAAAAUGGUCUUUGAACAUGACAAGGUCUUCAACGCCAGUCUGAACUUCCUCAAGCUGCUGCGUUGGAGAAGUCGGAAGAGUUUCACCCUAGAAAAAGACAAAAACAACUGAGCUGUUUUUUGUUUUCUCUUUUGGAGGGGGGAAUUUUCAACCAUGUGUAGUUAUAUAGCAUUUUUUUCUCUUUUUCUUCUCUGUCAUCGGUUGUAAAUGCUGAAACAAAUAA